UCGGCCGGACAUCUUCGUAGUGAAUCGCCAUUUUCAUCUUCAAACCUACAUGUACAUGUGCAUAUGCCGCAACCAGCAUGCAACGCCAAACAAGUAUAUAAGCUAGAUAGUUGUUGACAAUAAACAUCCGUCGAUAGCUCACUCUGUCAGAGAAACAAAGCAGCUGAAACAAGAAGCAACUGUUACUUUGUGCAGCUCUGUCCUUUCCUCGAGAUGAAGGUUGCUUUCGUUCUGGCCUUGUGCCUGUUGGCCGGUACGUUCGUCCGCUCCAUUCCCCUGGACGUGUCGUCACAGGAUGUGGCUGAGGUAAACCAGGAUGCUGUCGAGAUCACUAAGCGUGAUGCUGCUGUUGAGCUGGAUGCGCUCAACGACGAAGAUGAAGAUGCCAUUGACAACUUCGAAGAAGAUGAGGAUGAGGAUGACGUCAUGGACGAUGAUGAGGAUGAGGAUGACGUCGACGAGGACGAGGAUGAGGAUGACGUAGAGUAUGACGAGGAUGAAGAUGACGAGGCCGAUGAGCUGGACAUGGAGGAUAACGAGGCUGGGUACACGCCAAAGGGUGGUGACGUCACUGUGUUUGCUGGUGGCUCAGAUGGCGACGGAACUGGUGGACUUGACGGCAGCAUUGACGAUGGUCUUGGCAGUGAUGAAGGUGGACCAGGCGGAGAACCAGACUUGGGCAGUGAUGAAGGUGGACCAGGCGGAGAACCAGACUUGGGCAGUGAUGAUACUGGCGAUGUUGGUGGAGGCUCUGAUGAAGGCGAAGUCGAGCCCACAGACGACAGUGGAGUAAGUAAACCAGCAGUGACUAGCUCCACUGUCCAUCCUGGUAAAGGCCCCCGCACACGCCCACCCACGAUUCUUCCCACGAGCAAAUACUAUGGUGGACGCCGUGUGGGAAACCGCCGAAACAACCGACGCAACAACCGACGCAGCAUCCGUCGAAGCAGCCGCAGCAGCAGCCGCCGCAGCAGCCGCCGCAGCAGCCGCCGCAGCAACCGCAAUAGCCGCCGUAACGGCAGCCGCAACAGCAGCCGCAACAGCAGCCGCAACAGCAGCCGCAACAGCAGCCGCAACAGCAGCCGCAACAACAGCCGCAACAACAGCCGAAAGAACAGGCGCACUGGAGGUCGCAAGAACACCCGUAGAUCUGCAAAUCGCCGUGCCAAGUACUACUCUAAGAAGGGGUAAAUUAAACUCACUCAUCAUGCCAAAGCAUAGCCAUGGUUGCAUAGCACGAUCACAUUUUACCAGUCUGCACUGAUCGCACAGCAGGCUAUACAUUUAGUUUCAGGCUAUACCUAUGGCAGAAUUUUCAACAACAGAGCAGGCAAGCUGGUAUGUGCAUUCUCCCACUUAAGUAAUCAGCCCUAUGGUUUCAUUUUGCGUCCUACGCACGUGACUCUUGCUGCUGAACAGAUGAUCACAAAACAUAAUCCUAUAAAUCCUCAUAUGACAAUACAAUUAAUUUAUGACCCGCGCUGUUACACGCACCACUUCCUCGCCGAGCCAGCUCUCCCCUCCCCCGCCACCCCCGCCACCCCCGCCCGCCUCUUCACACAGUACACAGGUUUUUAGUUUAGCCGAGCACGAGCACGAGGACGGCCGCAACACUAUCGGCACUGUUAGUUGUGUUCCAUGAGAGCUGUUCCGCCAUCGUCUGCUUCCGACUAGUGCCCGCUAGUUACCUUUUCCCGCUCUCGUAGCAAUCAUUAUACCUCCCUCUUCCCAAUUCCUUCUCGCCUGGAUAAUACUAUUCACAAUAAACAUUCGAAGUACAGUGAAACCUGUCUAAGAACGACCGCUCAAGGGACCUUUGAAACGUGGUCUUUGUUACCAGGUGGGCUCCUUAUUCAGGGUCAUUUCACUGGAAAGAGCAUCCCUUGA